GUGGUGGGAACAUGGCAGUGAAACUUAUCAUAAUUUUGCUGUUAUGCUGUGUUGAGUUGUUUAUGGUGCAAACUUUUUGGGUGGAGAGUUUCAAGACUUUUGAUGAUGUUUACCAAAAUGAUGACCACUUCAGUGCUGGAGCUGUGUUUGUGCAGCCUGCAGUCCCCAGUGAGGAGGAUUGGCUCGUAGAGCACCAGAAGUAUUCUGUCUUUUGUGGUAAAGAUGCUGUUAAAGUAGUUUUGCCCUCAGGUUCUUUAUCUGAAGUGAAGAUCUUGGGCUCAUCAACUCUAGACCCUGUUCUAGGGGUAACUAAAGAAUGUGGCUAUUCUCUGACAAAGGAACAGGGGAAUGAUGUUGUUCAUGUCAGUUUCUCUAGCUGUCAUGUCACUGUUGAGGAAGGCAAAUAUAUUCUGCGACUGCUCCUUGUUAAUGACAUGGACCCUGCUGAAGUUGUUACAGUGUCCUGUGAUGUCAAUACUGACAUGGCAUCGCAGAAAAUCCGAGUCCCUCGUUCUGGUGACCAAACUGACUGUCCACUAGCUCCAAUGCCAGCCAUGACACCAAAUCGAAAGCUGCCACAGAACUACACAAGAGGAGGCUGUGACAUUCCUAUAAGCCAAAGAUUGUCCUGUGGUCCCACUGAAACCACAGCUGCUGAGUGUAUGAACAAAGGAUGCUGCAUGGAUGCGACUACUUCCUUCUGUUACUACCCAAUGGACCAAUGUACAGCUGACGGGCAGUUUGUGUUUACUAUUUACUCCAACAUCACGACUGUCCCUGUGAACCCCACAAGUUUGCAUGUGGCAGCCAAGACCCCCUGUAAACCCAUCCUUGCUACCGAUGAAUUUGCCACCUUCAAGUUCUUUGUAUCUGAAUGUGGGACAAAGACCUAUACUAUUGGUGACACCACUGUGUACAUGGCUGAGGUGCGAACAGCUAUCAGAGUACUUAACCUGAAGUAUGGUGUAAUCACCAGAGAUCACCCUGUCAGGGUGAUGGUUGAGUGUCGGUACUCAAAGAUCAGUCCGACAAUGAUGAGGGCAUCUGCUGGCUACAUGGUGGUUAGCCCAAGUGUGCCAUCCACUGUGAGGUCUGGUGGACUAUUUGGUGUUCAGCUCAGGAUUGCAACUGAUGAGACCUUCUCUUCAUUCUCAAAGAAUGGUCAUCUGCCCUUGAAUGUUCUCCUGGGUAAACCAUUGUACCUGGAAGUGCGGCUAAAUUCCCCCAAACCUGAGGCUACACUCUUAAUAAACUACUGUGUGGCCUACACGCGCUCUGGAACAAAUGCCUUGGUUCUGCUCUAUGAAGGAUGCCCAAACCCUGAUCUUUCCUCUGGCCAGUCUUCAUUCCUCCGUGUACUGGAUGUACCGCAGACUCCUCAUGAGCGCCGCUUUGUGGUGACUGCCUUCCAGUUCAUGAAUGUGACCACUCAAAAAUACAUCAAUGAGGAGAUUUACUUUAUGUGCUCCACUGAAGUGUGCAUGCCUCCAACUCCAUGCCGCAAGACAUGCUUUGACGGGAAGGCAUAAUGGCUUCUUUCCAGUAAAAUGUGGACACUGACCUUUCAGCAUGUUUAAUAAAGGUUCCUUUUAAAACUCAU